CCGUGAUGAGAGAGAGAAAGAGGGAGGAAGGGACAAGGACAGAGAGGCUAGUGUUUAGUGUUUAGGGGAAAAAACAGUGUGAGUCUUUAAACAGAAUGUGUAGGUGCAGAGAGCAUGAGAGACUGAGACAGAGAGAAAGAGAGAGAAAGAAAGGACAGAGAUGAUGGAGUUGGAAAUCGCUUUGGGACACAGACAACAGAACGGGAUGGAGGAACAGGACCGAGUGAGUCAAGCUUCUAGUGUGGUCACAGUUUCCUCAACCAGAGACAAGGCUGACAAGAAACUGCAGUCAUUCUGUAAAAGGUCUCGCUCAGUGCAGAGAGAUCCGAACUGUGCAGUAGUGAUCAGAGGCUGGCUAUAUAAAAGAGACAGCACAGGGCUGAAGUUGUGGAAGAGGAGAUGGUUUGUUUUGUCUAACUAUUGUCUAUUUUACUAUAAAGACAGUAGGGAGGAAUCUGUGUUAGGAAGUCUUCCUCUCCCCAGCUAUAAGAUUUUCUUCUGCUCUCCAGGAGAGUGCAAAAACAGGAAGUAUGCUUUUAAGGUGGUUCAUCAGGGAAUGCGUUCAUAUUUGCUCAGUGCUGAUACCCAGGAGGACAUGUUGGGUUGGGUCAGAGCUCUCCGCCACUCAGCAUGCAUGGAGACUGAUGACCUAAUCAACAGACGAUGCUCCAGCUAUCACGACUUCUCUCAGAUAGGGGGCAGCACAGAGUCAGUGACCCCACUGCACAUUUACAAGACCCAGAACAAACACUCUCAUGCUGCAGGAAGUGUGGAUUUGGGGGAUCACAGAAGCAGACACAGACCUUUACACAGUUAUGAUAUUCAAACUCAGUCUCAAAGUUUGGACCACACAGGUGUAGAUCACUUCCAGUGGCAUGGGUCAGGCCCGUCGACCCCCAGAUGUCAUUAUGGGUCACGGUCUCACAGCCCAAUGGGCAGAGUUGACCUACGACCUCAGUGUGAGAAAGAGACACACACACUCUCAGCAUUACAAGGAGGUACAGAUAUGGUUCUGACCUGUUUGUGUGGCUGUGAUAAAGUACUACAGACUCUCUCUGUAGAAAUGGAUCUACUACAGAAUGAUAAGGAUCAUGCUGAGUUUGCCUUGAACAUGUCUCGUAUAGAGUUGGGCAAGAGGCAGUUAAAUGACCAGCACAUAUCCCAGAAGGCUUUGCUGCAGGAGGAGCUCGUCACCAUCAGAGCCAGAAUGUGUGACAUAACACAAGAGAUGGAGGGAGUCUGGUUGGACUACAAGAGGAUGGAGAGUGAACUGUGUGUGUUUCGUUCUCACCUGCAGCACAUCUGCCAUUUUGGACUUCCACAGGAACGCCCCCUGGCUCAGAAGCAGAUUUGGAUGAUGGACGAUAUUCUAAGUGGUCUGAAGCCCAACAGGAGACGAUUUAAUGCACUGAUUGUUUCACACACACCAAAGAAGGAAAGUGUGCACUACUGGGGGGAGGAGUCAGAACCACCAGCUCGUCCUCCUUUACCUUUGGAAUUGGAGAACACUAAUAAGAGCACAAAGCUGAGGUCUGAGUGGGUGGAACCAAAUUACACAAAGUUGUACAACACUGAUACAAUCAAAACAGAAUCUCGGGCAGUGUGUUUAGGGGAGGAGUCUAAUCAUUUCAGACAGAUGGCCCAGAGGUUCCACCAGAAAGAAAUGCACAAUAAGAGGAGCCAAAGUCCAGAUUAUCGGAUGAAUAAACCCAGAUCAUUCAUCGAGUCUGAGUCUGAGUCCUCUCCGUUCUGUCUGAUGUACGUGACGAGGUCGAAGCUUCCUUCAGCUCUCACUGCACAGAGUGUGUGUGUGGAGGACUCAAACCCUGAGGAGGACAAAAUAAACACACUGAGUUACAAACAUGGAGAACGGAGUGAUAACGACAAUGUUGAUGUCUGUGAUUUAAACAGAGAAUCUGAUUUAUUUGUGAAAUCUGAACAAAGACACAAUAAACUUAAACGAGUGGAACACGUCAAAGAGCGAGUACCGAAGAGUGUCCUGAGACGGAGUGACUCUGCUCAUCCUCUGAAAUUCAUUGAUAUUGAAGGAUCUGUUAAUCGUUGCCAAAUGUCCACACAGUCCGUGAGCACUGAUAGAGUUCAUAUCCAUGGAGACAUGUGGAUGUCUGAGAGUGACGUACCUGAAACACCACCCACAUUUAGUGACAUCAAGCCUUCAUCAACCAAUCACAUUUCAACACUCACGAUAAACAACAUAGCAUCUGAGGACACAGAUCAGAGUGUGAACUGCUCCACUUCUACCAAUCAGAGGGCUGAAUGGUUUCUCUCCACCAACCACUGGCAGGAGUUCAUUCCCCUCAACAUCCAGGAAGAAGAACUUUCACCAACCAAUCAGGAUUCAGACACAUCAACCAAUCAGGAUUCAGACACAUCAACCAAUCAGGAUUCAGAACAAUCAACUAAUCAAACUCACUUGAGAGGAAAGUCGAACAUGACUACAUCAUUAAUCACCAUGGAUACACUUAAUAAAAACACUCCUAAGUCCUCAGGCAUAGUUUUCCAUCAGGCAACAGGAACUUCCUCUGACAGUCACAUGGUGUCCCGUUCUGAUCACUCAGGAAGAGAGCUGUGCAUCGAUGAGGAAAUCCAGUACAAACCUGCUCAAUCAGCCACAGACAAUAAUGGGGGUAUAGUGGAUGGAGCCAAAGCCCAACGAUCAAACCUGUCCAUUAAUCCCAAUGAGAAUGGAGCCCCUACAGAGAAAGCAGUAAAAGAGACAGGAAGUGAUGUCACUAUCGGUGGCAAAACUACAGAAGUAGUUUAUGGUUGUUGGAGUAAAAACUCAGAAACCAAUCACAAUGAUUCGUUUCACAAACCAAGAGUCACGGUGGUAAGCACAAGCCUAUAAAGAGGAAUAAUUAAAAAUAAAUAAAUAAAACAAUAAUAAUUAUAAUAGUGAUUGCUUUAAAGUGUCUGUACUGUACUUCACUUUUGUUUUUAAGUUCUUUUUUUAAAUAUUUCACACAACAGCUACUAUAAUUUUGCAGAAAUAUUUAAAUCUCCACCUGAUUUCUCAUUAAAAAAGCUGUUUAUUUA